AUGCUGGGCCGGGCGUUGAUUAUUUUCGCUUUAGCAGGGCUUUCGGCCGCGGUAUGCCCGAGGAGAUCGAUACCAGAAGGGCGGUACUGCCGAUUUUCGCUCGGAGUGAAGCUGCCGAUCAUUGAGGCGAUGACAGCUUGUGAAAAUCUGGACGCCAAAUACGCCGUGCCGGCUAACGAUACCAACACUAUUAUUCGAGCCGACCAAGCGCCAGCCCAUCUACUCAAAAAUGAACGAUCCGGUAAUACAAAAAGGUCGUCGUGCAACAUCGUGACUUUUGGGUUCGAACGAUCCCGGGGCUGGUUGAAGUCGUCUGUCGCGGAAUUGCAGAGAAACAUCAAAUUUGCGCCAGCUGAGGCGAGAUCACCGAUAUGGAGGAAACCGAUCGACGCCGACUUCGCAGUGAUGGACAAUCCGAAGGUAGAAGACAAGGAUAUCCCUGCCGAUGAAUGCGGGGAUGGAUGGGAAAAAGUGUUUGCAACCAAAACUUGCCACAAAUUGCUCGACGGCCAAGCUUUUGGAAAGCCGAAAAGACUCAUCAUGAUAGGGAAGCAGAAGAAGUGGAGCCCUAGACACGCGAUCUGGAUCGGCGGCGUUCAGAUGAACCUCAACGGCGCCAACGGCUUUCAUUGGCUGGAUCCGGCGGCUGGAAAUAUUACCUACAGCCACUACGGCCUAAACGAGCCAGCGGGUGCUAGAUUUUGUCUGUUUUUUGGAACACACGGAUUCUGGGGUAGCGAGGCGUGUAGUGAUGUACAACAGGCCUUUUGCCAGCGGCCGUUGGGACCGCCCAAGGUUCUCGCCGAUCCAAAGUGCGAGGACGGAUGGAUUCCUUGCAAGCAAUCGCAACGUUGUUAUAAGGCCGACGCGGUAGCGAUGGACUAUGUUACAGCGCGGGAGCACUGCCUGCAACAGGGCGCUGAUUUGGCGACGAUCCAUUCCUUUUGGGAAAAUGAGGCGGUGAUCGAAGCGGCGGCAGCGGUCAAUUCUGACAAAGCCUGGCUGGGAAAGCGCAGGAACGGCGAUCAAUGGCAGUGGGUUAAUAAUGAGCCCCAUGACUUUUCCAUCUGGCAUGCGGGCGACGUGAACACCUACAUCGGCGACUGUGCAAUUGUGUUUGGUGCCGUGGAAGCCACCGCCUUGGCCUGGUUGCAUCGUUGGGACAACGUCCAGUGUGAGCAGAAAUAUACUCCUGUCUGCAAGAAGGCACCCCUUCAA